AUGAUCACUGAUUGGAGAUCCUACUACAACUUUCUUAAAGAUGUAAGAGUUGUUUGUCAACAGUAGAUCUAAUAUAUUAUGAUGAUUGAACUUUUUUUUGCGAAAAAAGUAACUGAAAAGCUCCGAAAAUGUUUUCGUGAGAAUUUCUGGAUUCAGAGACGGAUGAAACAAAAAAAAGGAGUCCAUUCACCGCGACUUGAAACAGUCUGAUCUCUCUGCGCCCUCUUUUCUCUCAGAGACGUUCAUUUUCUCGUGCUGUUUACGAAAUUCGCAAUUCAAACCCAAACAUGAAUAGUCCAAAUUUGAAACUUUCUCUUCACCCUCUUUUCCCUUGUCGACUCUCUCGUUUUUACGUGCUCUCUUCUUGUUUUAUGACCUUAGCGAUGAGAAAAAAGAGCGCAAACAUAUCAGACUGUUUCUAGCGAGAAAAAAUGACUGCACAAAUACAGCCUACAGUGCUCUUUGAGUCUCAUGAAAAUGUAAUUUCGCCCACUUUUAUUCACCUUUUUUGGUGAAAAAAAUUUUUCGGCUAUCUUGAAUUUUCCAUUUUAUUACUUUAUUUGUUUGAAAAUUAAAAGAUCUUAUAAAUGAGUAAUAAAAAAAGGCGUGUCUUCGACCGGCAAAUGUUUCAAAACAACUCGCAAAAAUUCUCCAGUUUUUUGACCCCUAUAGGGUCCACUAGAGCUUUAGGGGCUAGGGGGUCAGACCCUAAACCCCUAGAGGGACCACUUUUCCGGCCCCUAUAACUUCCUUUUUUCGGGUCUCAGGAGGAAGAGCCGAUUUUAAACGUUAUUUUAAGCCUAGUCACUCUUUGAAGCUUCUCAAAAAGGGUUCUCGAACUUCGAGAAUCGGUCAAGAAUCAAUAAAAAGUAAUUUUUUCGUGAUUUCAGGUGGAGUCUCCUCAAACGGAGGUGAAAAAAGAUGUGAAUACGGCGGAGGAAGACAAGGAGAAUAGUCCGAAAAAGGGUAGCAACCACAAAACCGGUGGCAUCGACAUGACCCAGGUCAUUUCCUCGUUUUUCGCUGUCUGCACUCUCUCUUCCCUCAUAGGAGAAAGUUGCCGGGGGACAAGAGGGCGCAGAGAAAUCAGACAGUUCCAAGCUUCCAACACUAGGAAAAUGUUUGGUGGCCACUAUGGGGUUUCGACGUUUUAGUGGCCACUGUAGAGGUCUAAGUUCUACCACUCGACCACUAAACGUUUUAGUGGCCACUUUAGGCGGCCAAUGGAUCAACAUAACUGGUCCAAUCUGUUUGGUUUAAAAUUAUCAGAGUUACUGGAAGGAAUACUAGAUGAAAAACUACUGAAAUGGCCACUAAAACGGAAAAUAGAGAGUUGCCGAAUGAUUAGAGGGCGCAGAGAAAUCAGACUGUUCCAAGUUCCAAGCUCCCAUCAACUGGAGAGUGGAAACUCAACUGUGAUUGCUUUAAAAUGGGCUAACAUGAGCAAUAAUCAACCACAAUGAGUAUAACCUCGAAAAUGUAUUGUUAACACAAAACUGUAUCAUUUUUUUAUCAAAAAGUUUUUUUUUGCUGUCUGCGCUCUCUUUUCCUUUCUGCUCAUAGGAGAGAGUUGCCGAAUGAUGAGAGGGCGCAGAGAAAUCAGACUGUUCCAAGUUCCAAGCUCCUAACAACUGGAGAGUGGAAACACACCUGUGAUUGAUUGCCUCAAAAUGGGCUAACAUGAGCAAUAAUUGGCCACACCGAUUCGCCAAUAACCUCGAAAACGAAUUGGUAGCAAAAAAGCUGUAUCUUCAUUUUUUUUUUAUCAAAAAAAUUUUUCAGGCCUCCAAAGAAAUGGACGAUGAAGCUAGAACCGCGCAGGAGGUGCUUUUUUUUCUUAUAAAAAUAUUUUCAAUUAAAAUUUCAGAAAAAGGGGUCCAAAGGGUCGGCGGAGCGUUCAGUGGUUGGAUUUAUAAGUUUGAAAAUUUGAGGGCUUUUCCUUUUGUUUAAAUCAAUAUUUGAAAAAAAAAAAUUCCUUUCUAAUUUUUUUGCCCAAACGAUUUUUUUUUUUUCAGGAACUCAAUCAGUCGGUACACAUCCAGAACUACUCGGUCAGAAAGAGUUUUCCGCUGUUCCGCUGCGCGCCUUUGCGAACCUUGGUCGCGCUUUCAAUUUUUUUUUUCUGUCACUAAGGUACUCUACUGUCAUGUGCAAGAACAAUCAAUUGAAAGAGUACCUAGAUUCGAAAGACGCUUCGCGAACGCACGCAGCGGAACAACGGAAUGUCGUUCGGUGA